AUGAGUAAAAUCGAUGAUUUGCAACAAGACAUUGAGUCUUUGCUCAGUGAAAUCAAGUCACUGGAAAAAAACCGUGAGGAGCUCAAAACGAAAUUGAGAAAUAAAAGGAAGAAUCAGAAUAGCGCUAAUCCCAUAAUUCAAGAAUUCGAAGACCUCUUUGACCAAUUUCCGCAGUUGAAUACUUUUCUAUUCAAUGAACAUCCAGAGUUGGAUGAUAUGGACGACAAGGAUGUUUCGAUGGCGCAAACGCGGUCACCUUCUCCCGAGUCUAAAUUAAAGUCUACGCCAGCAACGUCAAUACCGUAUGAACCAAAGAAAAGGGCUAAAUUGGAGAAUGACGAAAAUUUACCUGAACACGAAUGGGUGCUGAAGACGCAGCCAAUGGUCCAGCAUAGGAUGUUUGAUUCAGAUGUAGCCGAUUUGUUAGAUACCGAAAUUUUAACGUCACCUUCUAAGAGGAAGCGAAAACUAAAUCUAGAGGAGAUCACUGCAGGCGAUAAGAGUAUGCUGGAGGAUUCGAUUAUCCUUGAAAAUAUUUAUAGAAUGUUUGGCAUAACAUUCUUCCCCCUCGUGGAUCCUAUUGAUUUGAAAAUGAAAGAAGGUAGUGAUGAGAUUGUUGUUGAUAGAGAAAUGUUGGGGAUACGACUAGAGGUCUUCAGUGAACGGACUUCAAAAUUUGAAAAACCUCAUUACAUUCUUUUAAAAAAAAGGGUAAAGUCCAAUAGUUGGUUUCUAUUCAAGCACACUAUUCCAAGCUUUAUUGACGUUCAAGGAAUAUUCAACGAUACCAAUGGAGGACUUGUAAUAUCCUCUGAUGACGCAUACUUGUUUGCAAAGAGGGUUUUCGUGCAAUUAAUAGAAAUUCAAAGAAGGCAACAAAGCUUCAAGGACUUAGAGGCCAAGGAAAUUAUCCAUAAUUUGGAUUUAGAUUUACAAUCUUCGAUGGUUUCAUUUUUUGUUAAAGACGUCAAAGUAGAGUUGUUCCUAAAGCAAAAUGAAAUAGUUUCGUGUUCAAUACUGGACGAAAUUCAUGAUUUCAACCAUAAAAAUAAGAACAAGUGGGAGCUUUUACUAUUGGGUCCGUUGGAUGACUUGGAGUUGAAGUUAAACCAUUCAUUUGCGACGAUCUUCAAAUGA